GUGGGGAGGGGCUGGGGCGUACUUUGGCUCCGCUGGGCCUGACGUGGCGCCCGGAAGUGGGACUGGAGCGGGGCCGCGAUGUUGCCGCAGGAUAGUAAUGAUGACACUGAAGAUGUUGCACUGUUUGAUGCAGAAGAGGAAGCAGCUGCUAGACCCAGAAAAUCCAAAAUCAGACAUCCAGUGGCAUCAUUUUUCCAUUUAUUCUUUCGAGUCAGUGCAAUUGUAGUCUAUCUUCUCUGUGAAUUGUUAAGCAGCAGCUUUAUUGCCUGUAUGGUGACAAUUAUCUUGUUGUUGUCAUGUGACUUUUGGGCAGUUAAGAAUGUCACAGGUCGACUAAUGGUUGGCCUGCGUUGGUGGAAUCAUAUUGAUGAAGAUGGAAAAAGUCACUGGGUGUUUGAGUCCAGGAAGGCAUCCUCUCAAGAGAAUAAAACUGUUUCAGAGGCUGAAUCAAGAAUCUUCUGGUUAGGGCUUGUUGCCUGCCCCAUGCUUUGGGUGAUAUUUGCCUUCAGUGCUCUCUUCUCCUUCAAAGUGAAGUGGUUGGCAGUGGUUACAAUGGGUGUGGUUUUACAAGGUGCCAACCUAUAUGGCUACAUCAGGUGCAAAGUGGGCAGCAGAAAGAAUCUGACCAGCAUGGCCACAUCCUAUCUGGGAAAGCAGUUCUUAAGACAAAAUACUGGAGAUGAUCAGACCUGAGGAGAGAGAAAGCCUAUGUAUUCUGUUACAUUGGGAAAACUGAAGAGAUUCUUGACUCUGAACAUUUUAGAACUCAGUACAUGUUGCAGAGAGGAGUGUUGGGUUUGUUUGUUCAUUUUUAAAUUUACUUAAAAAAACAAAAAGUGGUUUUCAUAUUAGGUUUUUAUUUCUAGCAUUUGGGGCUUGAAAUAUGCUGCUAGAAGUAUUGUCAGAGUUGGGUUCAUGGUGUGUGUUUGUGCGCGCAGUCGUGUAAUGUCCAUGUAUUGCACUUGGUGAAAGUGUUUAUCUUCAUGUACAUAUGUAAUAAAGACCUUUGCAUUUUGAUCUGUAGAAUGUAGAAGGAUGUUCUUAAUCUCAUUUCAAAACUCUUAUGUGUUUAUAUAUUAUUUCUGUAGAUUAUCUUCAGAAGAAAGUUUUGUUUUCAUGGUAAGAGCAAGCACUUUGAUUUAUGUGUAAGUUAGAAAUAAUAAUUAAUUUUACAACUUAAUAUAUACUCAUGAUGAAAUUUCUUAUCCUAGACAUUCAUUGGCAGAUUAAAACCAAAUCUGGGUUAGUGGUGUGAACUAGUUUGUAAAAUUUUAUUUAUUUUUAUUUGUAACAAGUCAUGUAUUAUGGGCCCAAUUCAUAUAAAUGAAUCUUCACAGUUUGUAUGUAAGAGAUACCUAGAGAUUGCGGCUGUUCUGUUCAUUUUGGGGGAAGGGUAGCCAGACUUUACUUGGAACUUCCCGGAAGAGCUUCAGUGGUAUUUGGCUUAAUGAAAUCUGUCUUUUACCACCAAAAGAGUAUUAUUCUUAUGUCAUAGUAAAAAUAAUCAGUUAAAUACCCGGCAUAAUAAAUGCCUAAAAAACA